AGCAAGUAUAGAAUUUAGAAACUCAUGUCGUUCGUUCUUUACGCUCAAAUCUCACGAAAUUUUCGAAUUUUCGUAGCGAAACCAGAGAUUCUGGAUCCUCUAAUGUCGAUCGAGACCUCCUUGUGUAGAGAUUCUAUGGUUCACCUUGAUUACUGGAAUGAUCUUGUCUGUUUUGUUUUAUAGAUUCGUCGAGAAGAACAAACGUUAAGGAGAGAGGAAGCAGGAGAAUCAUACUUUGAAGAUAUAGGGUAGAUAGAUCUUUACGACGUUCUUAGAAUUCGGAUUUUGAUCCUCGUGCGUAUUCCGUAGAUUCGUACUUCGAUUUGUGCUCUAGAGAUUAUUUGCACUAGGAAGGUGAAGGAUCUGGUUACUCUGUUUUGAAAUGUUCAAUGUGAUAGAAUAGAAUAAUCUGCUUACAGAGAGGAAUCGGAGUAAUGAUAAUUUCUGGAAGUCCUGGUCGAAGACGUGACUGUUUCCCUUAGUGCUGCUGUGAUAUCUGGUUGUUCUGGUUUAAGCAAAAUGUGGUUUUGGAAGGAACGUGAAAGGGAAAAUAAGGAACAGAUCGUCUCGCCUUUAUGCGGCCAAAUUCGAGUUUUGGUGGUUGGUGAUUCAGGUGUGGGGAAAUCAUCUCUUGUGCAUCUCAUUGUCAAAGGCUCAUCUAUUGUUCGUCCAUCUCAAACAAUUGGAUGUACAGUUGGUGUCAAGUACUUAACUUACGCAAGUCCUGCUAGUUCUUCAAGUAGCAUUAAAGGUGAUUCAGAGAGAGAUUUCUUUGUCGAACUUUGGGAUGUAUCAGGUCAUGAACGAUACAAAGAUUGUCGCUCACUGUUCUAUUCACAAGUUAAUGGAGUUAUUUUUGUUCAUGAUCUUUCCCAAAGAAGAACGAAAACAAGUUUGCAGAAAUGGGCGGGUGAAAUAUCAGUAACUGGGACGUUUUCAGCUCCUCUUUCUUCUGGUGGGCCUGGUGGUCUUCCCGUCCCAUACAUCGUUAUUGGAAACAAAGCAGAUAUUGCUGCCAAGGAAGGAGCAAGUGGAAGCAGUGGCAAUCUUGUUGAUGUAGCUCGUCAGUGGGUUGAGAAACAAGGUCUGCUUCCCCAUAGUGAUGAACUUUCUCUCUCUGAGAGCUUUCCUAAUAAUGGUGGUCUCAUAAUGGCUGCCAAGGAAGCUAGAUAUGACAAAGAAGCUCUGAACAAAUUUUUUCGUAUGUUGAUAAGAAGACGAUAUUUCUCAGACGAACUACCGUCGUCUUCUUCAGCAUGGUCUCUUUCCCCUGCACCUUCCCAGCGGUUAGAUGAGGGGACAAGCGAUGAAGAUCAGUUCUAUAAAAGAACAAGCCUAAGGGGAGGAGAUCCUUACAAAUAUAACACGUUACCGCCACACAACCUGACGCAGCCUCCUACACUCUAUCCGCAGCAACCAGACCGUUACAAUUAUGCCAUCCCGAGAUUCUCUUUCUCCAGUGUAGAGGAAACCGACAAUGGUAAUGGCAGGUUUAACCGGAUGGAUAUUAACGUCUGAGAAAUUAAACCACAGAUAAAAUCUCACAUGAUUCUUCUGUAAACAUAAUCAAGUAUAUUUUUUAGCAAUUUUUAAAAAAGUUAUAUACAUUAUUUAUGUGAUAAAAAUUUAAUGUUUGAAUUU